AUGUAUCUUGGAGUAUACCUACCCUUCCCCUUCCGUUUUAGUGCUCAGACCUUACCGCUUUUGGGGUUGCGAAAGGAGAGUACAAUCAAUAACGAUGGAGGUGGCGCCGUGGCUUCGCCGUGGCUUCGCCGUGAGAUUCACAAAUCCAAUAAGGAAAUCGAGGAUGAAGGCUAUGAGAUGAGGACCAGCACAACGACUAGCUCAGACUCGUCGCAGCUCGAAUUCCAAUCUCCUACUUAUACCCAGCAGGUCCCUGAAACGAUCCCAUAUGUCGAUGUACCGGGUUGGUCGGCUUGA